GUUCGGCUGGGUCUGCUGCGGGACGGUGGCUUGGCGACGGUGACGGAGCCCUCGCCCGGCUUGCAGGAAAGUAUGAACCUGAGUAAUUUGCAGUUGUGGAAGACAGCAAGUCUGAGCUUAUUCUUCAUUAACUGGCAAACUGCUCCCUUUGUGUUUACGUGGUCUUGAAUCAAAGGGUGAAGGUUUCUCUUCACGGUGCAUGGACGGAAAGCCAAUGCGCAGGUGUACCAGCACUCGACCAGGAGAGACCGGAAUGGACGUGACCAGCCGCUGCACACUGGGAGAUCCUAACAAGCUGCCAGAAGGGGUGCCGCAGCCUGCUCGCAUGCCCUACAUCUCUGACAAGCACCCUCGACAAACUCUGGAGGUCAUCAAUCUCCUGCGGAAGCACCGGGAGUUGUGCGAUGUGGUGCUGGUAGUGGGCGCCAAGAAGAUCUACGCCCACAGGGUGAUUCUGUCGGCCUGCAGCCCUUACUUCCGAGCCAUGUUCACAGGGGAGCUGGCAGAGUCUCGGCAGACAGAAGUAGUGAUCAGAGACAUCGACGAAAGGGCCAUGGAACUGCUGAUUGACUUUGCCUACACCUCUCAGAUCACUGUGGAAGAGGGAAAUGUCCAGACCUUGUUGCCAGCUGCUUGCCUUCUCCAGCUGGCUGAGAUCCAGGAGGCCUGCUGUGAGUUCCUUAAGAGACAGUUGGACCCUUCCAAUUGCCUGGGAAUCCGAGCUUUUGCUGACACUCACUCGUGCCGUGAACUGCUGAGGAUUGCUGACAAGUUCACGCAGCAUAACUUCCAGGAGGUAAUGGAGAGUGAGGAGUUCAUGCUGCUUCCUGCCAAUCAGCUCAUAGACAUUAUAUCCAGUGACGAGUUAAAUGUGCGCAGUGAAGAGCAGGUGUUCAAUGCAGUAAUGGCCUGGGUGAAAUACAGCAUUCAGGAGAGAAGACCUCAGCUGCCACAGGUCCUGCAGCAUGUCCGUCUACCGCUGCUUAGUCCCAAGUUUCUUGUGGGAACAGUGGGCUCUGAUCCGCUCAUCAAGAGCGAUGAGGAAUGCCGGGAUUUAGUGGAUGAAGCUAAAAACUAUCUGCUGUUGCCCCAAGAGCGGCCACUGAUGCAAGGACCAAGAACGAGACCACGUAAACCCAUCCGCUGUGGAGAAGUACUCUUUGCAGUGGGGGGCUGGUGUAGUGGAGAUGCCAUUUCCAGCGUCGAGCGCUAUGACCCUCAGACCAACGAGUGGCGGAUGGUGGCUUCCAUGAGCAAAAGGCGUUGUGGCGUUGGAGUCAGUGUUCUGGAUGAUCUCCUCUAUGCUGUGGGAGGCCAUGAUGGUUCCUCUUAUCUUAACAGUGUAGAGAGGUAUGAUCCAAAGACCAAUCAGUGGAGCAGUGAUGUGGCCCCUACCAGCACCUGCAGGACCAGUGUUGGAGUAGCAGUUCUUGGAGGCUACCUCUAUGCUGUGGGUGGUCAGGAUGGUGUCUCUUGUCUCAACAUUGUGGAAAGGUAUGAUCCCAAAGAAAACAAAUGGACUCGAGUGGCUUCCAUGAGCACCAGGCGGCUGGGAGUUGCCGUGGCCGUGCUCGGGGGCUUCCUCUACGCUGUGGGCGGCUCUGAUGGGACGUCUCCCCUCAACACUGUGGAACGCUACAACCCCCAGGAGAACCGCUGGCACACGAUUGCACCCAUGGGGACGAGGAGGAAGCAUCUGGGCUGUGCUGUGUACCAAGACAUGAUCUAUGCUGUGGGAGGCAGAGAUGAUACAACAGAGCUCAGCAGUGCUGAGAGAUACAACCCUCGGACCAACCAGUGGUCUCCUGUUGUGGCCAUGACAUCCCGCCGGAGUGGAGUUGGCCUCGCAGUGGUGAAUGGACAGCUGAUGGCAGUAGGGGGUUUUGAUGGCACAACGUACUUGAAAACCAUUGAGGUGUUUGAUCCAGAUGCUAACACAUGGAGGUUGUAUGGUGGGAUGAACUAUCGGCGGCUGGGAGGAGGAGUAGGUGUUAUCAAAAUGACACACUGUGAAUCCCAUAUAUGGUAAGCAUCAACAUGGGGAGAGACCCCUUGGUUCUCCUUCCUAGAAAAACUGAAGAGACCUUGUUGACACUGGACCUCUUUGCAGCUCUGGUAUGCACGGUCUAGAUCCACUGUAACUCUUUGCCGGUGACUCUAUAGCACUAUACAAAUGACUUCUGUGAGAGUGUGCCCACUGGGAGACGGCCUUGUCAUACUCCAGGGAACUGCUGGACAAAAGUAGAAGUGUUGCUUAUGUCCAUGGUUUUUUUUUUUUUCUAAAUAGCCUACAUUUUUUGAAUAAACCAAACCCUAAAAGCUGCCGUAGCGCAAACAGCGCAGAGGUAGAGCCCGCGCGCCACCCUGGGGGGGUCUGGCAAGGAGGGAAGGGUGUUCCUGCCUCCCCUCCUGCCGUGUGGCAGCUGUGUGAUGGGCGACAAAGGAAAGAGAGACAGCAAACAUUGCUUUUUGCCUUAUUUACAGAGAGCUUCAACAAAGUACUUGACCUGCAAGGUGCCACCUUUGUGCAGAAGCUUUUCUGUGCACAGAGUAUAUUUAUUUUGUUUUCGUUUAAUUUGUAUCAUGUGUUUUCUUUGUGUUGCUCACAGUGAUAAUUCCAGCAUUUUCUAUACAUGUGUGCAUAUAUAUAUAUGUAUUUUAUAUAUAUAUAUGUGUGUGUGUAUUUGUAUAUGUGUGUGUGCAACUCGAGUUUUGACCAGCUGGUGGUUAGGGCAGGGCUGCAUCCUGUCAGCUGUUGUGGUUCCAACAUUUGUGGUAUGUUCUAGGGUCUCUUAGAGUACAGGAGAGCUGUGAGGAUGGGUGGCCUGAAUGUCUUUUCAGUCUUGCUGGGAGCAAGAAGUAGAACUGGAACUCUCAUCUAUCAACUGAAUCAGUGAAGUGCCCAAAAAAGGGUGAGAGUGAAAAGGAUUUCAAAUGAUGCCUUUUUACUGUACAGUGUAUGGUAAAAAAGUUCAGCUUUUGUCUCUCCCUUCUGCUGCCUAUGAACCUAGAAACAACCAGUUGUUGCUUACUCACUAAAACCUUUUUCUCAUGCUGCCUGCUAGAUACCAGGUCCUGUCUGAAGCUGGGAUGCAGGUAUCUGUUAAUUCCAAGUAGCCUAGAUCAACGUGCACUUCUCAGGUUCUUGCUAGAGCAGCAAACAGCAGACCCGCAGUCAGCUCCUGCUGAAAAAGCUUAGACCAGCAUCAUCCUAGCUGCCCCCCUACCUCUUGUCUGUGUCUUUAGAACUCCUGUUGUACAAGUGACUGUGAUGAGAUGGUGCCCUCCCUUUUAGUGAUGUUUUUUUAAUGCACUUUUCCUGUGUUUUAGAUCAGGGAAAGUUGUGAGGCUCAUUAAAGGGUUUGGAGGGAAAGGAUUGUUUGCUGGCACUGUGAGUAACUGUCAUGUUUCAGUGACUGCAGGGGCACCCAGAGGUGGGGGGGGGAGGAAAGAGGAACUCCAAGGUUCCAAUGUGUUUGUACUGUAAUUUCUAUCUGGUAUGAAAGAAUGACCUUUUGCACCUGAUACCACUUUUGGACCUUACUAAAUCUGAAUUUAAGAGAGUAGGAGGACUGUAAAUUCUUGAGAUGAGACAGUACUGACAUCUUAAAUUCUUUAACUCCAUAGUUUGAUUCAUGUGACUCAGAUUUUCAUGUGCUUGAAUAUAGUAAAAAUGGGUCAUUCAGACUUUUUUAAAAGCCCCUUUUCCCCUAAAGGUUGGUAUUCUUGUGUUUACAUAUGAAGAUCAUUUGCACCUUUAAAAGGAAAACAAGUAUUCUGUAAACAAAUGUUUACAUGUAUCAUUUAUGCUUUUUUCUAGCAUGAGUAACUUGUAUAAAUAGUGCUGUCUUAAUAAAUUUCUUUUA